CUGGACCGUUAGAAUCAAGGCCGGGACCUGAUGCCUUCUCAUUUUUCCUCACCACUGCACCCUCUGAGGGCAGAUUCCGAGAAGCCAUGAUGCCAAUUCCUGAGCAUCAAGACCAUCCCUUGAUUUUGAUAAGAAUGUUCAAGAACCCAAGAUUGUUGACGUUGACGUGCAGCCCGGCAGGCAAUUAGGGGACCCCUGUCCGAAACGCUGGAGCAGCGCACGAGCCCAUCCUUGACAGCCCAAACCCCGCCAUUGGUUUCUCCAUAACGGCUUUCAGCGUGUGUCUGGGGAGAGCUCACCUCCGACCCGACCCCGCUGGACGUUGGACUGCCCAAAGGUCACCUACAAGCUACAGCUGAUAUUCAAACCAAAGAAACCAUUCGUCACAAUGGCUUCCCAAGACCCCUUCGACUGUGCACUGGACCUCCUCCGCCGCCUCAACCCAAAACACACCGGUGACCACCUCUCCAACAUCAUCUCCCUCCACCCCGACCUCGCCGAAGAGCUCCUCUCCUCUGUCGACCAGCCACUUACCGUCCAGCGCUGCAAGCAAACCGGCCGUGACUACCUCCUCUGCGAUUACAACCGUGACGGCGACUCUUACCGCUCCCCCUGGUCCAACCAGUUCGACCCCCCCCUCGACGAAGCCGGCGCUGGCGGCGUUGGCGCAGGAGGCAGCAAUGAAGGCGCCGGCGAGGGUGCCGUUCCAGGCGAGCGUGUAAGAAAAAUGGAAAUCAAGGCCAACGAGGCGUUUGAUGUCUACAGAGAGCUGUACUACGAGGGGGGGGUGAGCUCGGUUUAUUUCUGGAACUUGGAUGAUGGGUUUGCUGGUGUGGUGUUGUUGAAGAAGGCCUCCCCACAAGGCGACGCUACCACCUCAGGUGUCUGGGAUUCGAUCCACGUCUUUGAAGCCUCUGAGCGCGGUCGCACCUCCAACUACCGCCUCACCUCCACCGUCAUCCUUACCCUUGCUACCAAGGGCGCCUCCCUGGGCGAAGUUGACUUGUCCGGCAACAUGACGCGCCAGGUGGAGCAGGACCUUCCAGUUGACAGCGACGAGAGCCACAUUGCCAACAUUGGCCGCCUUGUCGAGGACAUGGAGCUCAAGAUGAGGAACCUGCUGCAGGAGGUCUACUUUGGCAAGGCGAAGGAUGUGGUGGGUGAUCUGAGAAGCAUUGGCAGCUUGAGCCAAGGGCAGAAGGACAGGGAGACACAGAGGGAGCUGAUUGGGAGUAUGCGGAGAUAGAACCAGGGGGAAGAUGUGUUGUGAUGCAACGAAGUGGUAAUGAGGAGGCAGGCGCUCAUGUAGAUUUGGUUCGUUGUCUUUGAAUUAGCGACAUCGAGGUUUGACAUCUUUUUUUAUUCAUUUUUAAAAAACAAAGACAAAGCUGUUGACAUCAUA